GUUUCGGAAGGUUGAGAAAAGUCAAAAAAGUAAAAAAAAACACAGAUAAAGCCAUUCACACACACAGACACACACACACGCAGGAACGGUGCAAGAUGUUGAGAGAUUGUACUUUAAAGUGUUGUAGAAAAUAUACCCGCGCCUAAUUUGGUUUAAUUUCUUAACUUGGAAACCUAGAUUAUCAAGAAACAAUGGUGUCGUUCAUAUGCCUUAUCUAAAAAAUUAGAUACUAGGUUAAGAAUUUGUGGUAGAAUUCUUUUUUAUUCUGUACCAAUGAAAUCUAGCGAUGAUCUCUUUGGAAUACAUUUGAUUUAAACAUUCUUCGAUUCUGUCAGCCAACGGCAUCAUUUAAAGAGCGAAAGAGAAAGCAAAAGAGAAAAUGACUGACUCGGCUGACAUGUUGGAUUUGUACCUGGAUGAUGUUGAUGUUUGUCCGACUCCUAGUCUCUUGGACGGAGUCUCUGACGAUAAUGGUGUGCUCUCCCCAGGAUUGGAACAUGGCUUGUCUUCAGCACUUGCUCAGGAUGACCCAUUACAGCAGUCACCAUUUAGCCAGAUAUCUGGCCUGGCCUCGUCGACACAGUUCGAUUUCAGUCAAUUUGUUACCCCCAAGCUUCAUCACAUCAGCGAUCCAUCCCUGGGGGGCAGUCAGAACUUAAUUGGCCAGACACCUCCUCACCAAACAUUAGGGAACUCGAACCCCCUUCUCCAGACUGCUAAUCAGUACAACACAUUUAGUAUCACUACUGGCCAAGUCAUACAACAACAACAGCAACAACAACAACAACAGCAGCAGCAGCAACAACAACAACAACAGCAACAACAACAACAGCAACAGCAACUUGAGUUAGUUCAGAAUUCUGUCUGGAAUACAGCAUCCCAGGCCAGCAACUGUUUCUUACAAACCACCCAACAGACUCAAGUGUCAAUGGAAGAUGUGCCGCAAGACAACGGCAACACUGUCAACAUGAAUACAUCAACAUACUUAACACAUCACGACUAUGCACUGCCGGCCACGCAACAGCCACUGGCUCGGCUCUCUCACUUCCCAGACAACACCGACCCUUCCAAUCAAACCUCGUUGCUUUCGGCAACGCUCCAGUCUACUUCCACACCUUCCAACCCUCUUCUUAGCACUGUGCCUAUCACCGCAACAAAUGUUGCAAACUCUCUUAACCACAUACAACAACAACAACAACAACAGCAACAACAACAACAACAACAACAGCAGCAGCAGCAACAAACAUUGUUUCCUUCAAACUCUCAGGUAGCUCUUGCUGCAUCCGACAUCACAGUAAACAGUUACAGUACGAUUCCCUCACAACAAAUGCCUCACACUUUUAGUCAGACAGACUUCCUGGAUACCACAGCCCAUAAUACUCAACAGUUACUGCAGCAGCAACAGCAGCAGCAGCAGCAACAACAGCAACAACAACAACAAUUACUGCAGCAGCAGCAGCCACUACAGCAAGUAUGCAAUGGACCAGCUAUGUUGACCUCAGGGACCAGCCAGCAGCAAGUGGUGGUCAGUAACACAGCAGCCAGUAACAUUGUUCAACAAUAUACGUUCCCCACAAUCCGAAAUCCGUCGUUGCAGCCAUCCUCGCAGCCUGCCGGUGGAUCUCAGUCUAUUGUGACGACCGACCAGUUGAGUCACUUUGACUCUGGCCAUGCUACCGUGCAGCAGAACGCGCAGUAUCAGGCCACUUUCCAAACGGAGCUGCAGCCACAACCGGCACAACAGCAGUGCGUUAGUCUAGCCACAAUAGCAUCUUCGCCGAGGGCGGCACCACCACCAUCUCAGUCCGGACUGGAUCACAUCACCAACCCAACUCAAAUAACUUUCAAACAGGCCAGCUUCCAGCAGCUGGAACAGUUAGUAGGUAAUAGCUUAAAUUCCAAUUUACAAAAUCCUCCAAGCAAUUCCACUAGCAACAUCAUAAUGCAAGCACCGUUGCUAGGCAACCAGGUUGAUGCAACAGUUACUUUGGCCCAAACUACACCAGUGUCAAACAUUACUACUUACGUUACGAAUGGUUUCCAAGGGACCGCUUCGAGCAGUAUUGGAAACAGCUCCAUGCCAACUGUCACCAGCAGCACCACAGCUGUCACCACCAAGUUAAACCGGUCUAUCGGAUUAGUAUUAAACGCUGCAAAUCUACAGGUGUGCAGUGCUUUAGGGCCUAAUCAAUCGAAAUGUGUGAUUAUCCCUUGUACGCCAGCAACUGCUCAGACAACAAAUAACCAACAACAACAACAAAUUCAGAUAUCUGACAAUGGCACACAGCUCCGGGCUGUGCCUUCUUCUGCCACAACCACAUAUAGUAAUAUUGUUAAAAUUCAACCUCAUGGUCAGUUAGGUAAAGGGCAGCAAAUUCAUUUGAUACGAACUGGCCAAUCAGGCCAGGUGUUGCAGAUUCAAACACAGGCCCCAUCUCAAACAGCAUUGCCUUUAAACCAGUUACUGACUUCAAAUCUUGCCCAAUUGGUCACAACUGACCAAGUGGGUUCAACCUCGGAUGUUAACCUUCAGGCUACUACCCUCACCAAUCGCAUUGGACAACCGAUUCAAUUGGCAACGGUCAACUCACAACAGCCUGUUGCAUCACAGCCAACGUCCAUUGUGCUCACGACAACACCUCAAGCUAUUUUUACCCCUGCAAGACUCAGACAGACAAUCCAAGUAAGCAAUGCCAACAGUCUAGUGCCUUCUCAGCUACAGCCUGGAACCACUGCUAAAGUGAUGACUGUAGCCAAGUCUUCUGUCCCUUCUUCAGCAACCGGUGUUCCCAUAGGUCAGCAGACAUUUAUGAUAACAUCUGCUUCAGGUGCAUUGUCCAAAUUGCAAGCCAGUGGUGGCACUGUUGAGGUGACCAGUGUCAGUACACCAAAAACACAACCACGGACGAAAGUAAUUAGCUUGACGGUGAGACCAUCGACAAAUAAAGCGUCUACAUCCACGUCCACGUCUACGUCGACGUCGACCACACCUAAGCCCGAGAGAAAACGAAACACAGCUUCAAAGAGCAAGAAAAAGACAUACAAAACUCCUCAAGACAAGGCGGAUGAAAUAAUUGCCCAAGCUCUGGUGGACGCCCAGCAGAAAGGGAUUACUCAGAUACCACGUGUGGUCCGUGUUGCUGGAGCUACCUCUGACAAGAAAGAAGACUCUGCUGAUAAGCUGGAGAAACCUAAAAAGAAGCGAGAACGCAAGCCAAAACCUACGAAAGAGAGAAAACCUAAAUCAGGGAAAAGGUCUAAAGCUGCAAAGAAGAAACGAAUAGUGAAACCAAUUUUGCGAAAGAAAAAGCAAACUGGAUCUGAUAACUCCGACAUGGAAGUAACACCACCACCGUCACCAAAAGGAGAUAAUGAUAGUUCGGUCCAGAAGCGACGAUCGGCUCGUAAUACGAAAAGGAAAAAAUAUUGUGAUGAUGUGGAUAUCAGCUUUUCUGAUGAUAAUCCUGAAAUUGAUGUUGAAACUCUGGAUGGCACAUCUCUGCUCAACAGAGUGGAUGUUAUUGAUGAAGAUAUUAUGAUUGUGGAGAAAAUUCUUGGAUCUAGACUGCGGAAAGUUGACCCUAACGCGACAACUGAUGGAGAAAUACCUGAAAGGGAGGAGGAGUUUUUUGUGAAAUACAAAAACUAUUCCUAUCUGCAUUCUGAAUGGAAGACGGUGAAGGAACUAUUGACAGACAAACGCAUCCAUAUGAAAGUGAAGCGUUACAAGAUGAAACAACUCAACAGAAGCACUUUCUCAAUGACAGAAGAAGAAGAGCUUUUUAAUCCCGACUACGUCGAAGUGGAUCGAGUCUUGGAGGUUGCUCACUCAAUUGAUCCCAAAACAAAAGAGAAAGUUGUCCAUUAUUUGGUCAAGUGGACCAGCCUACCCUAUGAAGAGAGUACAUGGGAACUCCCUCAAGAUGUUGAUCCUAAAAAAAUUGUUACUUUUAACAAAUUACAAAUACCACCCAGUGAAGAAAAAAGAAAGCCCAAAGAAAGACCACACCCUUCUGGGUGGAAGAAACUAGAAGUAUCUCGAAAUUAUGAAAACAACAACAGAUUAAGAGAAUACCAGCUGGAAGGUGUAAACUGGUUAACGUUUAGUUGGUAUAAAGUGCAAAACUGCAUCUUAGCUGAUGAGAUGGGUUUAGGUAAAACGAUUCAAAGUAUCACAUUUCUUAAUGAAAUUGAUCUCUAUGGUAUUCCUGGACCAUUUUUGAUAAUUGCACCACUGUCAACCAUAUGUAACUGGCAAAGAGAGUUUGAGACUUGGACAGAAAUGAAUGCUAUUCUCUAUCAUGGAUCCAACACCAGCAGACACAUGAUUCAGGAGUAUGAAAUGUAUUAUAAAGAUGAUCAAGGCAACCGGAUUCCAGGAAUCUACAAAUUCCAUGCUUUGAUUACAACUUAUGAAAUGGUUAUUACAGACUGUGAGAUUCUUACAGCCAUUGAGUGGCGGUGUCUGAUAAUUGAUGAAGCUCAUCGCUUGAAGAACCGUAAUUGCAGACUUUUGGAAGGUUUGAAACAGUUCGAAGUGGAACAAAUUGUUCUGUUGACUGGAACACCCUUACAAAACAACACUGAAGAACUGUUCAGCCUCCUUAAUUUCCUAAACCCAAGGAAAUUUGAUUCCUAUUCGGCUUUUAUGAAAGAUUUUGGUGAUCUUAAGACAGAAGAACAAGUUGACCGAUUGAAAGAGCUGUUGAAACCCAUGAUGUUGAGACGUCUGAAGGAAGAUGUGGAGAAGAAUCUGGCUCCAAAGGAAGAAACCAUUGUAGAGGUGGAGUUAACCAACAUCCAAAAGAAGUACUAUCGGGCCAUUCUGGAGAACAACUUUGAAUUUCUUAGCAAAGGUUCAUCGAAUGCCAACAUGCCUAAUCUGAUGAACACAAUGAUGGAGUUGAGGAAAUGUUGCAACCAUCCUUAUCUUGUUAAAGGGGCUGAAGAUCAAAUUUUGGAUGAAGUGAAAAACAAAGGUCCCUUAACAUAUGAAUCAAUGUUUAAUGCUAUGGUGCAAUCUUCUGGAAAACUCGUUUUGCUGGACAAAUUAUUACCUAAACUCCAGCAAGGUAACCACAAGGUCUUGAUAUUUUCUCAGAUGAUCAGAGUUUUGGACAUACUGGAAGAUUACCUGGUCAACAAACGUUACUUGUAUGAAAGAAUCGAUGGCCGUAUCCGUGGCAAUGCUAGACAAGAAGCCAUUGACAGGUUCUCCAAGCCAGAUUCAGAUCGGUUUAUAUUUCUAUUGUGUACCCGUGCCGGAGGUUUGGGCAUCAACCUCACCGCUGCUGACACAGUCAUUAUUUAUGAUUCAGAUUGGAACCCUCAAAAUGAUUUACAGGCUCAAGCGCGAUGUCACCGUAUUGGACAAAACAAGGCUGUUAAAGUUUAUCGACUAAUUACCAGGAAUUCAUAUGAGCGACAGAUGUUUGACAGGGCUUCCUUGAAACUUGCUUUAGAUAAGGCAGUUUUACAGUCAGUUGGGACAUCAGACAAGCAAAUUGGCAAUCAGGGUGGUUCUCUGUCUAAGCGCGAGGUAGAGGAUCUUCUGAAACGAGGAGCAUACGGAGCUUUGAUGGCUGAUGACAAUGCAGGUGAUAAAUUUUGUGAAGAGGAUAUUGAAGACAUUCUGAAUAGUCGUACAAGUGUUGUACAAAUAGCCAGUGAAGGAAAGGGAUCAACAUUUGCCAAGGCAAGUUUCAGCAUGAAAAAUAACAGCGACAUUGAUAUAGACGAUCCCCACUUCUGGGACAAGUGGGCCAAGAAAGCUGAAAUUAAUUACACUGCCCAAUCAAAGAAAAACCUGAUAAUUGAAGAGCCUCGUCAGCGUCGCCAGACUGCCCGCUAUGGCAAUCAGGAUCUUUUCAAAAUGUCUGAUAUUGAUUCUGAUAGCGAAUACGAAGAGUCUGGUGGUGAAGAGAGGAAAACGGCGAGCCAAGGCAGAAAGCGUGGCAGGAAAAAAGGCAGUGGUCGGAAGAAGAUUUUUGAUGAAGAUUAUGAAGCAGAUGAGCUAGUUGGGGAUGGUUAUUCUCGGUCAGAGCUGUUCAAGGUGGAGAAGAACCUCCUAGUAUACGGCUGGGGCCGAUGGAACGACAUCCUCCUCCAUGGUCGUUUCAAACGGAAGUUAACAGAGACUGAUGUGGAAACCAUCUCCAGGGCCUUGCUUCUGUACAGCUUAAAGUUUUACAAGGGCGAUGAGAGGAUAAAGAACUUUAUUUGGGAUCUUGUCACUCCAUCCAGUACAUGUGCUCUAAAGAACCAUUCAGGACUUUCAGCUCCAGUUCCACGUGGACGGAAGGGCAAGAAAGCCAAGAGGGAAGCAAAGAACUUCUCAGCAGCAAUUGAAAUGGAGAAGGCUAACAUGCAGAUUGACCCAGAAAUAGUUCUCUCUGAUAAUGGUUAUAAACGCCACAUUGAACGCCAUUCCAACAAGGUUUUGUUAAGAGUACGAUUACUUUAUUAUCUGAAACAAGAAGUAAUUGGAGAAGAAGCACCUAAGGUUGUUACCGGCAUGGACUUCAGGGAAAUUGGUAUUCCUCGACCUGGAACUGAUGGUGAUCCUCCUUGUGACUGGUGGGAUGAAGAUGCUGAUAAAUGCCUUCUGCUUGGUGUCUUUAAACAUGGUUAUGAAAAAUACAGCCUGAUUCAACAAGACCCUGCACUUUGUUUCUUAGCACGUUGUGGACCCCCAGAUGGAGCUGCUCUGCUAGCAGAGCAAAAUGACGAUAAUUUUGAUAAUGAAGAUGACAUUGAUGUCCAGAUUUGUCGUGAAAAAGAUGAUGAUGAAGACUACAUAGACCCAACACCCACUAAUUAUACUCGAUUACAACCUACUCACCACUUUGAAGAAGGUAAACUUCCGUUCCCAGCCAUUUCAGAACUAAAUACUCGACUGAGACGUGUUAUUACUGGUUACCAAAGAAACCAUUGCAAAAACCAACUUCUCCUGGCACAGAAAGCUCGGCGGAUUGAACGGCGUGUACGUGCUGAAGCAGCUCAUAAAGAACGGGAAAUCCGAAGAAGGGAAUCUCAACAAAGGUGGUCUCGCCGAGAAGAAGCAGACUUUUACAAGACAGUGUCUUCUUUUGGGAUCGAGAUGUACCCUGGUACAAAGACCUAUAAAUGGGACCGAUUCCGUGCUUUGGCCCGACUUGAUAAGAAAUAUGAUGACACAUUAAGUGAAUACUUUGAAGCAUUUUAUGAGAUGUGCCAGCAGGCAUGCCAAAAGGAGAAAGAAGAAGUUAGCUGGUUGUCUCACAACAUGAACGCUUGCGUUGAACCAAUUACAGGUGAGAGAGCAAGCCGUUGCUUAUCCAGAAUAAAUCUGCUCAGGAAAAUCCGGGAGGAGACUCUGACCCAUCCCUUGUUUGAAGCACGAAUCAACUUGUGUCAGAUGUCCUAUGAUCUACCAACAUGGUGGCAGAGUGGGAAACAUGACAAGGAACUCGUAUUGGCAGCUGCUAAACAUGGUGUGUCUCGUACCGAUCUCAACAUUCUUCCAGACCCAUCAUUUAGUUUCCAUAUACAGUUACAGAACAAGAUUGAUCCUGCAGCACUUCCCUCCCUCUAUAAACAUUACAACUAUGACCCCCUCAGAGAAUAUGAUUCUGAUUCCAAAGACAGUCAGUUUGUUGGUAAACUUCGUUACUUUGGACAAGAUGUAAAAUACCUGAAAGAAAUGGCAAACAAGCCGCCGCUGUCCCCCGACAGCAAUGAUGACCGGAUGGACACGGGAGAGGAAAGCAACCUGUCGAUCAAAAAGGAGCCUCGUUUGCCGAGAGGUGAUGUGCCUUGCAAGAUGGAUGUUAAUGAUGGUGACAGUAAUGGUCACAGCUUUGAGGGCGGUGGUGGUGGUGGUGAUGAGGAUGAGGAUGAUGAUGAUAGUGGUGAGGGUGAGGUGAAAGAUACUGACAAUGAUAAAACCAGUCCACUGGUUUCAGCACCGACGCCCAAAGCCACUAGCACCACCACUGUCAUGUCUUCGUUAUCACCAUCAUUAGCAGCUGACCAUGACCUAAAGUCGACGACAUCAUCAUCUAAAGCAGAUAUCAAGACGGAGAAGUUAUCUUGUGAGACAAAGACAGAUUUUGUGAAAACUGAACCUGAAGACGGUUUCGAUUCCAAGAAGUCUAUUCUUGGCUAUCAGAAGACAGACAGUGAUUCAGACACGAGAGAUGCAGAUAACAAAACAGUUUUGAAGAAGGAAGACGAUGAGGAGGAGGAGGAAGAAGAAGAGGAAGAAGAUGCAGGGAUUAAUGAUGAAGACGAUGAUGACGAUGAAUUGAGCGUUGACAAACGGUUUAGCAUCAAAGACGAAACCAGCAACAGUGCCCAUGCCAUGCUUGGAAUCAACAAAGAUUCAAUGUCACAUAGUUCAUCUGUUAAUCCUAAUGAUUAUCUGGAUAUGGACCUGGAUUAUGUUGGUAAACAACUUCAAGGAGUCAGUGCCAUCUGGCCCAAGGACAAAGUUCUAAUUGGCCGUCUUCAACAGAUCUGCUACGCCAUUGAAAAUGGUGAGUGGCCGGUGAUAAGGAAGCAGCCGUUCUUGCCCCAGACCACUGAUUCUCAUAUCAACCCUCCAGUCAGCAGAUUGUCUCCCAAGCCUGAAAUCUCCGAUCUUGAACCGGAACUAUCUUUCAUGGAUAGCCUCAAACCAGUGAAGCCUGUUGUUGAGUACACUUCUGAGGUUGAAGGAAUGAAAGUGAAAAUCAGUAAGAAUAAAUUUUGCCGUAAAAAAGAUGAGUUUCAAAUGGACAACGCUCCUUCACUACCUCCGGUGCCAAUGCCAGCAUCAGUACCAUCUUCACUCCCUACAUUCCCCCAGACGAACCACUGUGCCUUUUCAAGUGAUAAUGACAGUUUAACGGAACCAAUGAACCUGGCAUCAUCUUUGCCACAGUAUAACCAAUUUGGAGAAGAUGCGGCCAUGGCAAAAGAAUUAUUUAUAAACCAAAGUUUGCUUCAACAGACAACCAUGAAAAAGAAAAGGGGUCGCAAACGUAAGAGUGAGAAAAUAGCGAACACUCUAGAGGCUAUCAUGAAUGAUAAGCUCCAGUCACUGCAGAAUAAUGAAAAUCCAACUGAGCGCAUCACCAUGGUACAUGAGAAAGAUGGGAUUAUUAUAUCUGGGGAAGAAGCCCCGAUGAAAAAAGACUUUAGAGAAUGGAUGGAGCAAAAUCCAGGCUACAAGCCUUUUAUUAGUCUCUCAGACGAAGACUGGGAGCCCGAAGUUGAGAAACGACGGCGGCGGCGGCCUAGACUCGACCCAGCAAAAUUGGAUUUUGAAAACCUUACUGGGGAUGAGAAUGUCUCUGUUGUGAACCGUGAAAAUGGGAAAAAGAUUACCGGUGCCAAAGCCCCUCCAUUGAAAUAUCUUGGAGAAUGGCUGCAGAAAAAUCCAUGUUUUGAUGUUGAUCCAAAGUGGGCAGAACUAGUCAUGUCAAAAGGGAAUUUACCAGAAACUUUGAAGUCACGAGUUGUUAGUAGCAGUGGUCGUCGACGUCGCAACGCCCGUGACUCCUACCCACAGCAUAUGGCUUAUGCAGAUCCGACCACACUUGCGGCUGCUGCGCAGCUUAACGCCUUCCGCUAUGCCAACCCUGCUCUCCUAGCAGCUUUUUCCAAGCUACCAUUUUCACUACCAUUUGGCACACUUCCCAACUUGGGGAUGGGAAAUUCUAUGUUUAAUUUCCCUGGAUUUAAUUUGCCUGGCUUGACGGCGCCGACUCUUGCAACGUCUGGAGCUGCUGGUCUGGAUAUCGGUGGCAGCAACCAGCUCGACAGUAAGGGUUCUUUGAACAGCACAACGGACAAGCAAGUCAGUACAUCGACUUCAACCACAUCACAAACUUCAUCUUCACCUCCUCCCACCCCUCAUCCAUCAUUCCCACUGUUAUAUAAGCCCCUUAUUUAUAACCCUCUUUUAGCUGCUCAAAACCUCCGCAACUUCAAUUUACCAGCAAGUCUGGCUUCUUCUUUCCCAUCUUUGUCUCAAGGGGGCAACUUGAUGAACGGCCAAGCAGACUCUGAACCCGAAAACAAUGGCCACAUGGCAACAAGUGCUUCUACUGCUAAUACUAUCACUACUACUUCUGUUUCUUCUACUACUACCACUACCACUGCAACUGCUGUUGCCAGCAGUGUGCCAUCAGUGGCACAAUCGGUGUCGGCUCUGAGCAGUUGUGUGGACAAGAUUGCUGUGAAGGAGGGCAAGAAGGAUUCCAAGAUGAAGACUGACACAAGCGACAGGGCUGAAGAUCUGAGCGUGAAGAAAAUCCCUGCCAGGGCCGGUUCCACGGCUAAGCACCUGUUGAGCCACAGCAGCAAGGACAGUGUAGAGGAGAAAAGCAGUGAAGAGUUGAAAGCUGCCGAUUCUUCGAAAUCGACCACAAAGAGCAGGCCAAAGAUCCAGCAGUCUUUAAAAUUGAACCGAAUCGUGGAUUCGCUGAAGGACAAAGUGAAAAACCUGGAUCCAUUACGAAGUAAAAGAGAAAUUCCUCAGGAAAAAACAACGACGACGGUUUGUGACACUGCUCUCAGCAGUAACAACAACAACAACAACAACAUUAUACAGAUUACUACAAAUAGUAGUAGUAGUUGUAGUGGUGGCAGCAGUGGUAGUAGUAAUAGUAGUAGUAGUAGUAAUAAUAAGAACGAUAACAUUAAACAGAAUAAGGAUGACAACAAUAGCUGUAGUAGUGUUAGCAACAACAUUAAACAGAACAGUAGUAGUAAUAGUAGUAGUAGUAGUAGUAGUAGUAGUAGUGAUAGCAACAGCAGCAACAAUAACAACAAUCACCAUGGUAAUAUUAAUACUAGCAGUAAAGAUGUCAGUGACGACACUGAGACGAAUUGUAUUAGUAGCGGCAGCAGCAGCAACAUAAUUACCACCACAAGCAGUAAGAGUCACAACAGCAGCAAUAGUAGUAGUAGUAGUAGUAGUAUAAUUAACACCUCAAACAGCAAAUGUCACAAUAACAAUAAUAGUAGUAGUAGUAGUAGUAGUAGCAGUAGCAACAGCACUAAUACCAUCACCAUCACCACCAACACCACCACCACUACUACUACUAUCACCACCACAAACAACAACAACAACAACAUCAACAACAAUAAUAAUUGUCAGACUGAAAGUGUGGGAGAAGACAAAGCAGAAGCAUUUGGGGAAGAAAGAUGACAGAAGCAGCAUAUUUAAGGGGGUUGGGGAUGGACAUUAAAAAAAAAAGGGGUUGUUUCUACCCCCCACAUCCCACACCCAAAAAAGAAAAGAACUAGAGGUGGUGGUGGGGGAAUCCAGAAACAACAACAAAUACAAAAAAUAACAGUAAAAAGGAAAGGAAAAGAAGCCAAGACAAGAAUACCAUUAUUAUUAUUAUUAUCAUUAUUAUUAUCAUUAUUGUUUUGUCUAGGGGCUUGCUUGGACUUCUUUGUUUUCCUUAACACACUAACCAGACAUUUGGAGGUUUGUUUAUCCCCUAAAUUAAAAAAAAAAUUAUCACUAUCAUCAACAUCAUCAUCAUCAUCAUCAUCCUUAUCAUCAUCAUCAUCAUCAUCGUGAUUAUUAUUAUUAUUAUUAUUAUUAAUGUUGUUGCACAAAUUGGUUGGAAUGGUAGAACCUUGGACAAAACCGUCACAGCACUUGGUCUUGUUUCUCUCUCUCUCAUUUUCUUUCUUCUGAAACCCGAGUCAGCUUUUUGCUAUUUCCUACCAUUGAGGUGAAUGAAAGAAGUCCCUGGAGAGGCAACAAACAAUGUCAGUUUGACUUUUUAUGUUCUUCAUCGCCUGUGGCUGAAUGGCUUCGGUGUUGAGCUCACGAAACUAUUAGGUCAUGGUUUCAAUCCCUUGGCUGGGUGGUGUGUUGUAUCCUUGAGCAAGGCACUUCAUUUUACAUUGGUUCCAGUCCACUCAACAGAAAUUGAGGACCAGAAAAAAACUGGUGAACUAUGACAGAUGAAAGUCCUGCAUCUGGAGAGAGUCUUGAACGCUCAGUCAUUUAAAUGCCAUUGAAACUAGAAAAAGCUCUGACCAAAUGGCCAUUCAGGCUUGAGACAGACUUCAUCCCUUCUGCAAAUAUUCACUUUAUUUAUAUGCCUUGUGGAAAAAAAAAAAACAAAGAAAAACCAAAUUAUUAUUAUUAUUAUUAUUAUUAUUAUUAAACAGUGUUGGUUGCAUUCCAUGAACAAUGACAGAA